AUGCGGCUUCAGUGCGUCGUGCUGUUUGCCGCGCUUACUCUUGUAGCAGCCACACAUGCUCCUCCUAACGUUAAGACCGUUUUGUCCGCGGAGCAGCACGACAUUCCCGUAAAGCGGCUUUUACGCCCUGGCAAUCCUGCGGGCAAAGAGGACGAAGAGCGGGGAAUCAACUUCAGUUCGGUGCCUGGAUUCGAGAAACUCGCGAAUCUGUUAAAGCCUAAGCCCGGUUUGAAAAAGCUUUUGAAGUGGGCGGAUGCUAAAAAGCCUCCGGAGACGGUCUUCACUCGGCUACGACUUGACAAGACAGGGACGCAGCUAUUCGAUAACACCGACUUCCCUGUCUGGGCCGCAUACACGCGCUCGGUCGCGCAGACCGACUCGGAAGCUUCCGCCGUUAUGCUCAAGACGCUGGUGUCUCGAUACAGCGACGAGGUUCUGUCGGGUAUGAUCGCCGCAGCGAAGAAAUCCUCGAAAACGGAGAGCAUCGCGACGAAGUUGGAGACUGAGCAGAUGCGCACUUGGCUGGCGGCUAAGAAGACUCCCGACGAUAUGUUCCUGGUGUUCAAGCUCAACAAGGCAGGGGACGACAUCCUGUCCAGCCCGCUGCUGUCAGCGUGGACCAACUAUAUGAAGCUGUCGAACAAGGAGAACCCCAAAGCCCAAACGACUUUGAUCGCGACGAUGACGAAACACUAUGGGGAUAGUGGCGUAUCACAGAUUCUUGCAGCUGCGAGGAAGUCCCCGGCAACGCAAAGCACGGCGAAGAGACUGGAAGCGGAGCAGGUCCAGCUCUGGCUGAAGAAGGGAAGGACCCCCGACGAUACGUUCACGUUGCUAUCGCUUGACAGGGCAGGCGACGACCUUCUCGCCAGUCCACAGUUCAACACUUGGAUGAAGUACAUCAACUAUUACAACAAGGAGAACCCCGACGAGAAGACGACGGUCCUGGCGAAGUUGAUGACCCAUUUCGAUGACGAAGAGCUCACCCCGAUACUAGUAGUGGCGAGGAAGGUACCGAGCACGGAAUCUACUGCUGCCAAGCUACAGGCUGAGCAGUUCAAGAACUGGCUGAGCGCCGAUAAAUCACCCGAGGAAGCCUUCACGCUAUUGCAACUCGACAAGGCAGGAGACGACCUUCUGACCAACCCGCAGCUCACGAAUUGGCUCAAGUACACGGAGAACUUCAACCUCAACAAAGAAAUCAACGAACAAGUUACAGCAAUCCAGGUUUUUCGCGCGCAAUACGUCGACGACUCUCGCAUUGCAAACAUGGUCAUUGCGGCGGAGAAGGUCCCGAAUACGCAAGCAAUUGCUAAGCGCGUGGAGGACGAGCUGUUCAAGGGCUGGACGGUUGUUCUCAACAAGCCGGACGAUGUGUUCAUCAACCUCAAACUUGAAACGGUUGGGGAAAAUGUCUUCGAAAGUCCGUUGUGGAGUUUCUAUACGAAGUUCUUGGAGAAGUACAACACGGCGAACCCCGGCAAGGAACAAACGAUGAUUAGUGGAUUAGCUCGGGGCUAUAAUGACGUUACGUUGACGAAUAUGCUCCUAAAGGCGAAGGAGGCCCCGAGCACCAAGACUCUGGCUACGAAAUUGGAGGAUGAACUGGUGCAGUAUUGGCUGGCGGACAAGAAAUUGCCAGAUAAACUCUUCGGCUACCUCGAGCUUAAGGAGUCCGUGGACGGCAUUCUGACGAACCCGGUCUUUAACGUUUGGCUCAAGUACUUGAAUGCGUUCAACGACAAAGCCCCCGUCAAGAAAGCGUUGAUGAUCGAUACGCUUAAAUCGGCUUUUGGCGAUGUAGCUGUAUCGAAUAUGCUGUUCGCGGCAAAGAAGGACCCGGGUACGGCGAAGGUCGCUGCAACGCUGCAAACCGCUCUGCUCAGCAAGUGGGUUCUUGAAAAGAAAACGCCAGGGCAAGUCUCCGCUAUACUGAAGGAAGGAGCUGGUGCCGAUGUGAGCGCGAAGUUAUUGGCGACUUAUUCCGCCAAGUUCAAAGUCAGGUGGGGGUAA